AUGAAGUCAAAAACCGAUGCCAGCAAAAUCCGUGAAGCCUUUAAGGUGUUUGACCGUGAUGGGAACGGGUUCAUCUCAAAACAGGAGCUAGGAGUGGCCAUGCGGUCUCUUGGUUACAUGCCAAAUGAAGUGGAGCUGGAGGUGAUCAUUCAGAGACUGGACAUGAAUGGUGACGGUCAGGUUGACUUUGAAGAGUUCGUAGCACUUCUCGGACCAAAAUUGUCUUCAGCUGGUAUGCCUGACAGAUUCCAUGGAGCCGAGUUUGACUCCGUAUUCUGGAAGUGUGACAUGCAAAAGCUGACUGUGGAUGAGCUGAAGAGACUCCUGUAUGACACCUUCUGUGACCAUCUGACUAUGAAAGACAUCGAGAACAUCAUCAUGACUGAGGAGAGUCACUUGAACAGCCCCGAGUGCCAAGUAGAUAUUGACAAAAUGCCAGUGCGUGCUGUGACUUCCAGGUUCAUGUACAGGGGACUUUGCUCAAUUCCAGAUAUCCUCUCCUACAAGACUCCCGUCAGCCUCCCCGAGGAUGAAGUGGAGGUGUGA